UAUUUUACAUAAUUUUUUUUAUCUUAAAUGUUCUACAUUUAAACACACAGAUAAUUAUUUAUAUGUUUGAUUAUUUUUGAAUUAUUGAAGGACAGGGACAUCCAUAAGGUGCCAACAUGUCAAAGUACAGCGGACAGAGAGUUUAAAAUGGACCCUGUGCAAUAUCAAGAAUAUCUGAUAUAGAAAUAAAUGCUAGAAGGAAGGAAGCGGGAAAGUAAGUCAAAUUUCGUGAAAUAUUUAUCCAAGAGGGCAGGAGUGAGAAGUCAGAGACGCAGACAGAAAGACAUUGAUUGUCUUUUAUUGAUUGUGAUAAUGAUGUGAAUCACAUGUGCCCCAUUCGAUAUGGAAGCAAUUAAGUUCAAUAUGUAUACGCCAGGUCACAACCGAAAGAAAUGUCACUACCAACGCGGCUGAUAUUUUGCCACAAAUAAGAUGGGAAAAGUGACCAUUUUUUUUAAAUCAAUCAACAUAAUUAGAUGCGUAAGUAAUUCAAUCAAUAGGUUGCAGAUUCAUUCAUAAAAUCAACAUUGUUUAAUUUUUCUCUGUAAAAUAUUCAAUAUUUCCCUAAAUUACAUUUUAAGGUUUUAAAGUCAGUUUAAAAGUCCUGUUUUUACUAUUUAGUAAAUGUUGUAUGCUAAUAAAAUUAAUCUGUAAUCAAAAAUGUAUCAAAAUUCACUACUGUGCAUGGUCCUCCCUUUUAUUGCAACUUUUCACUGUUUCAGUAGUGACACAUUUAGUAGGAUGGUGAGGAAUUCAGGACAAGAUUUAACAUAUGCAAAGUUGUAGUAUUUAACACAUACUGUAUGUUUCCACCACUUCUGUAAAAUGAGCCUCAUAGGACAGGACAGUCAGUAAGACAGUCAUUCCCUUUCAUACAUUAUCCCCAUAGGUUCUGUCUCAAAUGGCACCCUAUUCCCUAUUUGGUGCACUUCUUUUGACCAAGGCCCCAUAGGGUUCUCUCUGGUCAAUAGGGUGCCAUUUGGCACGCAGCCCCUAGUCAGCGCGAGGAAAUGUUUCAUACUUCCUGUCCUGAUGACCUCCAGCCACCUUUUAUGAAGUGUUCCUCUGCUAGUAUACCAACAGGAAACGUCCUGUCCUUCCCCCUAUUGUGUGUUUGGAGAUGGUCAUAUUGUGAACGCAGGAGAAUUAAGGGAGGAAUCUGGGUAAUGAGUAAUAGCAUAGUACUAUACACUGAGUCAGCGGGUUGUCUGCAACACCAGAUUUAAGUUUGUUUACUUGCCUAGUUCCACCUUAGCUUUAGCAUUGUCAAGUGCAAAACAAUGAUUGAAGUAGUAACUCCUGUUAGCAUGCUCUAAGAAGUAUCCCAAAUCACCUCAAAGUAACGUAACUUUAUACAGUAUGCUGGUUUUGAGUAGCCACCUCUGAGAAUUGGUUCACUUCAUAAACGACCAGAACAUAAGAGCCUUGAUUUCUACUAAUCUUGCUGAGGGAAAGGUUGUACAGUACUGGGCUUGCUGUGACUUUAGGCAAGGCACCCUCUUGUGGCCACCUGUAGAACUGUGUCGAUGGGGAAUGAUGGUUGUUGCUGAUGCUAGAGACUAUCAGCUGAUGUCAGAGGAGAGAGAUUGGGAGAGAGAGGGGUGUGAGAGAGAGUGAGGAGACAGACCGACAAGGUAAGACAGUGAAAGAGCAAGUGUGAGAGAGUUGGAGAGGGAGACAGAACAGCGAUGGAGAGAGAGAGAAAAAUUUGAGAUGGUGAUGUGGAGGCCACGUGAAGAGCUGUAGUGUUGAAGUGAGUGCAGUCAGUAAAACCCAGGCAGUCGGGGUGUGAAAAGCCUCUAUUGUUGUUGAGAGAGCCUCAGUGAUCUGACCUCUGUCCAGCAGACUGACAGCGUGAUGUUUUCCCAUCUGGACUGACCACUGGGAACGGCCCCACUAACACUGCACUGUACUGGCCGGGUCCAGUGGCACGAGGGACAGUGCACAUUUGUGAGGGAUACGGUAGUGCAUAUUUGUUAGGGACAGUGCACGCGUCUGUAAUUCUUGAACAGGGACAGAGGGGUGUUUUGUUCGAAGACGGUACAGUAGGAUAGCAGCAGUACAAUGAAGAAAAUUGCAUUGGAAAACAGGUUGUCCAUGCAUAAAUCAAGUUCUGAGGAUGCAUCAGGGGGAAAAUGGGACGGAAAGAGACAGAAAAAUAAGUCAUUCUGGCAGAAUUUUCGGAAGUCGCAGAAAGGUGUCGUGCGGCAGACCACAAGAGGUGAGGACAUAGGUUUUGUAGCCAGUGACAUCACUAUGAGUGAUGAGGAGCGCAUCCAGCUGAUGAUGAUGGUCAAGGAGAAGAUGAUAAGCGUGGAGGAGGCCUUGGCAAGGCUGAAAGAGUUUGAGACCCAGAGCAGGCAGAACUGCAGCACUGUUCUUACAGAAUGGCAUGAUGCUCCCAGUCCAACCCUGAACGAGUCCUCCAACUGCAAUUCAUGUGAGCAGUCGGAUGGUGAACAGGAGGAGUCCGGGACGUUCAGACGGCUCCAUAAGCUGGUCAGCUCCAGUCGUAGGGUCCGCAAGAAACUCCUCAGAAUCGACGAGUCCAAGAAGCCUGGGUCUGACGAGUCUCUGAGUAUGGUCGGGCCUGUCCUGGGUGAUGCCAUGUCCUCUCUGUCCCUGUACUCUGGGGUUCAGAAGAAGCUGUCUGGCGGGUGUCACCACGAUGACUCCCUGUCCUCCGCCUUGCGCGACCAGCUGACUUAUGACCUUCGAGACUCGGACAGCCUGACCACCUCCCCCUCCUCCUCCUCCUUGGACACCUGCAGCAGCAACACACACACCCACAGCCUGGAUACAGUCUCCAGCACCAGCCAGCGACUGUCCACAGCCUUCAGUAAGACAGGAGGAUCCAGCCCAGCCUGUAGCCCAGGGAGAUACCAGGACACAGGCCCCAGUGGCGACGUGAGGGCCGGGGGUAGUGGUUCCUCCCUGUCAGAGAUAGAGGUUGGUGGUGGAGAGGAUGGACCCAGGAUGGCCCGGUCAGUCACGGAUGGAGAGAUCAGGAGAGUAAUCGGCCCACUCAGCUACCAUGGGAGAACCUGUAGCUUUGGUGGGUUUGAUCUGACCAACCGGACUCUGCACAUGGUCACCGGAGAUCAGGACCUCACUAGCAAAGAUGGGGAUGCCAGUGUGAAAGGCGUAGUCAAGUCUCCACAGACGAACCAUCGAAUCUCUUUGGGCAAGAAAGUGAAGUCAGUGAAAGAAACCAUGAGAAAACGCAUCUCAAAGAGAUACCACUGCGCUCUCUCUGAACAGUUAAGCCCAGACCGUAUGUCCAGCGGGCCCCAGUCCCCCCACAGCCACACAGACACAGACUCACUGGAGAAACCCAAGCUGAAGGCUGGAGGCUCAGUGGAGAGCCUGAGGAGCUCCCUCAGCGGACAGAGCUCCAUGAGUGGUCAGACAGUGGGCACCACAGACUCCUCCAACAGCAACAGAGAGAGUGUGAAGUCUGAGGAUGGAGAGGAGGAUGAACUUCCCUACAGAGGACCCUUCUGUGGUCGAGCUAUGGUGCACACUGACUUCACCCCCAGCCCCUACGACACUGACUCUCUCAAACUGAAGAGAGGUGAUGUGAUUGACAUCAUCAGCAAGCCUCCAAUGGGGACGUGGAUGGGCCUGCUGAACAGUAAGGUGGGAACAUUUAAGUUCAUCUACGUGGACGUUCUGGCUGAGGAGGAAGACAAACCUAAACACACCCGACGGAGGAGGAAGGGACGGCAGCCCAAACCCACCUCUGUAGAGGAACUCCUGGAGCGCAUCAACCUCAAAGAGCACCUACCCACUUUCCUCUUCAAUGGCUAUGAGGACCUGGAUACCUUUAAGCUUCUGGAAGAGGAGGAUCUAGACGAGCUUGACAUCGGAGACCCUCAACACAGGGCUGUGCUGCUCACUGCUGUGGAGCUUCUGCAGGAGUACGACGGUAGCAGCGACCCGGACCGUAGCAGCCAGACAGGGGGUUCUCAGGAGAAGCUGUUACUGGACCGCCGGGGCCUACUGGGGGACUCCCCACGAGACUCUGGCUGCUACGAGAGCAACGAGAAUCUGGAGAACGGAGGGAGGGGCAAAAAGACGUCUUCUUCCAUGAGCAGGUCCUCGUCUGGUUUUCAAUCCAGUCACCUCCCAUCCCCAGAGUCCCCCAGCCUCCCCCUCACCCCGACCCACCUCAGCCUCCCCCUGAUCCACCCCAGCAAGACCACCUUACAGACCAGACCAGAGCACCAGUCCACUACCUUACCAUCUCUAGGAGCCUCCAUGACCAGCUGCUACCUUCUGAGCCCAGGCAGGAGCCAGAGCCAUCACAGUCACACCCACAGAGCCAUGCCACUGAGGAGCUGGAGCUGUGAUAACCUGGGCCCGGCAGGUAAGCCUACUCCCACAGCCCUGGGGCUGCUCCCCCUGGGGGAGCUUCACUCAGACCAGGGCCUCCACACCACUGAGCUCCACACCCUGGAAGACAUGAAGCCAGCUCAUACCACCAUGUCCAAUGCUAAGGGACAGGGAUACCCGACACAAGAGGAGGCCCUACAGCAGUUGUUGACACACUCUGAAGGAUCUUUCCUGCCCUCACAACCACUGCUCCCCUCACCUUGUAGUGUUCUGUCUGAUACGUUAGAGUUGGACAUGGGAGUUCCCAGGUUAACAGACCUCCUUCCAUACACACACCUCAAAAUAUCCACUCCAGCACCAGGACGUAGGCCCAAGCAUCGUUCAGCCAAGCCUUUCCUGUCAAACCCAUGUAUACCAUCAUCACCCCCAGCAAUGACCAGUGACGGUGGUAGUGCCUAUAAACUCUUCUCUUUAGAUGGCACCUCUUUAAAGGAUGAAGUUAUUACAGAGACAACAACCCAACCGUGCAGCUCAGACCUGGCAACCCAAACCUGUAUCUCAGACUGUGACCUUGCAGACUAUCCUCUCCAGUCUGAAGCCCACAGGACGCAGCCUGCUGGGGGAAUGGAAACUAUGCCUGUCAGGUCGGUCAACCUGGGACCCCUCCUGGAGGAAAGACUGGAGUCCGAGGGGAUAGAUCUGACAGCGGAGCCCUUCUCUGACAAGUAUGGUCGCUAUGGAAUCCCCCAGUCUCUGGUCCAGAGGUACGCCACUGACCUGAACCAGCCUCUAACAGAGAUCAUGUAUGCCAUGGACCUGCUCAGACUCACACAGCUCCGCAAGCAGCAGCGCAUGGCAGUGUGUCAAAAGCCACAGACCCUAGCGCUUGGACUAACAGCAGUGACUGACGACUGACACACACAUCAUUUACUGCAGCUUACUGGGUUUCCUAUCAAGGGUUCAUAUCAAGUAAUUUACCUUUGAUUCUAAACUAUUAUGAACAUUUUUAAGCGAUCAUGUUAAUAGUGUACAUGAAAUACUGCGACUGACUACUGAUUAUUAUUUUUUUCUUCAUUUAAAUAUUGUAUAAGGUUGAGUGCCAUUAAAGCAAUACAAAACA